AUUUUCUCGUUGAACACCUCUCCAAAGAUAUUGCAAUUUGUUAUCCGCGUGUUAGAAUUUUCUGUAAUUGUAAAACAAUUUAGUAUCAAUAAUGGCCGCAAUCAGUUUAUUAAACCCUAAAGCUGAAUUAGCGAGGGCUUCCCAAGCUCUGGCUGUAAAUAUUUCGGCAGCAAAAGGAAUUCAAGAUGUCAUGAGAACUAACCUCGGACCCAAAGGGACAAUGAAAAUGUUGGUAUCUGGAGCUGGUGACAUAAAAAUCACUAAAGAUGGCAAUGUCCUGCUACAUGAGAUGCAAAUCCAGCACCCGACUGCUUCGCUAAUUGCUCGCGCUUCCACCGCCCAAGAUGAUGCCACUGGAGACGGAACCACCUCUACGGUCUUACUUAUUGGAGAACUGCUGAAACAGGCAGAUAUUUACAUCAGCGAAGGUUUGCACCCUAGGAUUCUCACAGAAGGCUUUGACCUGGCUCGCGCGAAGGCUCUUGAAGUGCUUGAUUCAAUCAAGUUGCCUAUUGAAGUGAAGCGUGAAAACCUGCUCGAUGUUGCUCGUACAUCUCUCAAGACUAAGGUCCACGCUAGCUUAGCUGAUGUGCUAACUGAUGCCUGUGUGGAUGCAGUACUGACUAUCCGCAUACAAGACAAACCUGCUGACUUGCACAUGGUAGAAAUCAUGGAAAUGCAGCACAAGACGGCUACAGAGACUACACUUGUUAAAGGUUUGGUCCUAGACCAUGGAACCCGUCACCCUGACAUGCCCAAGCGUGUUGAAAAUGCCUACAUCCUCACAUGCAACAUUUCUCUUGAAUACGAGAAGACUGAGGUUAACUCUGGAUUCUUCUACAAGUCUGCUGAGGACAGGGAGAAGUUGAUCGCUGCUGAACGUGACUUCAUUGAUCAACGAGUUAAGAAGAUCAUUGAAUUGAAGAAGAAGGUCUGUGAUGGCACUGACAAACACUUUGUUGUCAUCAACCAGAAAGGUAUUGACCCCCUGUCUCUGGAUGCUUUCGCCAAGGAGGGCAUUAUGGGAUUGCGCAGAGCUAAGAGGCGUAACAUGGAACGUCUCGCGCUCGCGUGCGGUGGUGUCGCCAUGAACUCCGUUGAUGGUCUCUCUGAAGAAUGUCUUGGUUAUGCUGGUCUUGUUUACGAACACAUUCUUGGUGAGGAGAAGUAUACCUUUGUAGAAGAGUGCAAGAAUCCCCAGUCUGUUACAAUUCUCAUCAAGGGACCCAACAAGCACACUUUAGCUCAAAUCAAGGACGCUGUCCGCGACGGCCUCCGAGCCAUCAACAACGCUAUCGAAGAUAAAUGCGUGAUUCCCGGCGCUAGUGCUUUCGAGAUCAAGGCUAACAUGGAGUUACUGAAAUACAAGGACACUGUAAAGGGAAAGGCUCGUCUAGGAAUCCAAGCAUACGCCGAAGCUUUACUGGUUAUUCCUAAGACUUUGGCUAUUAACUCUGGUUAUGAUGCGCAAGACACUAUCGUGAAGCUUCAAGAAGAGUCGCGCUUGAGCCCCGACCCGAUCGGUCUGGACUUGAGUACCGGCGAAGCUAUUAAACCUACAGACUUGGGUAUCAUAGACAACUAUGUCGUCAAGAAACAAAUCAUCAACUCCUGCUCCGUUAUUGCCAGCAACCUCCUCCUCGUCGACGAGAUUAUGAGAGCGGGCAUGAGCAGUCUGAAAGGAUAAUCAUAGAUUAUUUUAAUUUUGAGAAUAUGCUAAGAGUACAGCUAUCCUCUAAUUUCACCAAUAAUAUUAACUUAGUAUUAUUUCACAAUUGCUUUUGCAUCUAUGUAACGUUUAUUUUAAAUACACAUGCUUGUUGAAGUAACAAGAAAAUUAACUAUGUAAUGAUAUUUUCUUUAUUGCUAUAAUAAACUUAAUAAACACCUAUAUAAUUACUAA